AUCCGAUAAAGUUCAGUGCGGGCGUUUGCGAUUACAGCGUGCUUUAAUUUAGGCCAGUUUUGAUCGGCGCCGGAAACGCGUUAGUAUCGUCGUUGUAUAAACUACAGAUAGUGGUAGAAAUGGUGGGUCACGGGCACGGCGAGAAGAUCGAGGCCGGGACGACGUUCGCCCGCGAGACGCUGAACGGGCGCGGCUGCGAGUACAACUACAACGACGAGUACUUCCACGACUUCCUGCAGUUCGCCGCGCAGUGCGGCGGCACCGUCGCCGAUCUGGGCUGCGCCUACGGGGCCUCCACGAAGCGCCUGCUGGACGCCGGCGCCACCAAGGUCAUCGCCAACGACAUCUGCAAGGAGCACCUCGACAUCUUCUACGACUCGCUCAACGAGAUGGAGAAGAAGCGCGUCCAGUGCAUUCCCGGUGACGCGUUGGAGCUGGAGAAGUACAUCCCGGCGGGCUCGUUGGCCGGCAUCAUCGCGGCCAGCUGGCUGAACUUUCUGACGCCGGAGCAGAUCAAGGCCGUCUUUGGCGUCUUCUACAAUUUACUGCAGCCGGGCGGGAAGCUGUGCAUUUUAGCGGCCAGUUGCUACAGCGACCUGAUGGAGAGCCAGCACGCGCAGGACGUCGUGGCCAAGCGGAAGGCCGCCGGCGACCAGUGGCCGGGGCUGUGGAACAAGGCCGAGCUGUAUAAAGGCCCCUUUGCGCACCACCUGCCCGACUUCAUGCACUGCCUGGACCCCGACGUGCUGUCGCGCGAGGCCACCGCCCGCGGCUUCAAAGUCGACAAGGCCGGCCACUUCGACUUCGGGAGUGUCUUCCAGGCGCUGAAGGUGGACGGCCGCGAGUGGACCGGCAUCAUCGCCACCAAGCCCAAAUAAAUCAACGCAGGUCGGAGGACAAGGCGAAAACACCAACGUUGACGUCCACUUCCGUUGUGCCUGUAUGAAUGUAUCGCGUCUAUAUCAAGUCACAAUGUCACAUCACAAUCCCUAUCCCACCGACACCGACAGUACACUGGCGCCAUGACAAUCUUGCCAUGCAGUACAGUUACUGUAAUAGUGCUCAUUAGUCUACAAAUUAUGUACACGUAGGCAUAAUGCCUGUACAACAAAUUAAAUCAGGGAAUCUGCUACCUCUGUUGACAAAUAGUUCACCUGCUGCGCUGAAUUGCGCUGCAUAUAUGAUAUAUCCCUUU